AUGGUAAACAUUUACCGACUGUGCAUGGAUAUUAACCUCUAUAAAAACUUGAUUCGAUAUACGUUAUGAUAUGAUAUUCAAUCAAAUUUGAUGUAAUUUUUUUAUUUUGAUAAUAUUUGGCCACAAUGGCCACAAUCAAGAUAUGGCAGACGAAGUGAUGGCAUCCCGAGCAUAGUGUCAAAGUUUUAUUUAUGUACCUAGUACAAAGGUUAAUUUUUGUGUUUGUAUCGGGUUUGUCUGUUUAGAAUAGCAUCAGUAUUUUUUAUUUAGCCGUAGUGUAAUUGAAGACUUCGAAUACUAUAGUAAAAUUAUUUUUAAAAAUGUCGGAAAAUUCAAGUCCUAUUAAAUAUUUUCUGUCCGGUGGUUUUGGUGGAAUAUGUACCGUUUUAGCCGGCCAUCCACUUGAUACUAUAAAGGUUCGCUUGCAAACUAUGCCAGUAGUUAUCGGACAACCCUCAUUAUACAAUGGCACAUUUGACUGUUUCAGCAAAACUGUACGAAAAGAAGGUGUACGUGGGUUAUACAGAGGCAUGUCUGCACCUCUCACAGGUGUUGCCCCAAUCUUUGCCAUGAGCUUUUUUGGAUUUGGUCUAGGGAAAAAAUUACAACAAACUAGUCCUGAAGAUAAAUUAAGUUUAACUCAGUUAUUUGCUGCUGGAGCUUUUAGCGGAGUAUUUACAACAAUUGUUAUGGCUCCAGGGGAGCGUAUCAAAUGCUUACUUCAGAUUCAGCAAGGUGGUGCUCAUCCACAAAAAUAUAAUGGAAUGGUUGACUGUGCAAAGCAAUUAUACAAAGAAGGUGGCACUAAAAGCAUUUAUAAGGGCAGUUGCGCUACGUUACUCAGAGAUGUACCUGCUAGUGGAAUGUAUUUUAUGACCUAUGAAUACAUACAGAAACGAUUGUCACCUGUUGAUGAAUUAGGAAAUCCUACUGGUAAAAUCAGUUUACUCAGCACUAUAUUUGCUGGUGGAAUGGCUGGUAUUGCUAAUUGGGCUGUCGGUAUGCCUGCUGAUGUGCUGAAGAGUAGAUUACAAACAGCGCCGGAGGGUACAUAUCCCAAUGGAAUUAGAGACGUAUUUAGGGAGCUCAUGAAGAAAGAAGGUCCUCUUGCCUUAUAUAAGGGUGUAACACCAGUCAUGCUCCGAGCAUUCCCAGCUAAUGCAGCUUGCUUUAUUGGUUUCGAAAUAUUUAUGAAGUUCUUAAAUUUUGUAGCACCUAACUUAUAAAGCAAUUAUAUAGAAUUUUAUAUUUGUCAUAAUUUUAAUGGAUCUGUAUGAGAUCCGAAAUUUUGACU